AGUUAUCUGAGCAUCCUUAUUAAUAGCGCUCGCAGACCACCUAUGAGAAAAUACACAGACUUACCGAAUCAUGGCACGAGGCAGAUGGUGCAGGCGUGGUCGUACACAGCGCGCUGAGGCUGAAUGCGGCUUCAAGGGCGUCGACCCAUCUGGCUGGCUCAAUUGCUGCGACCCUUAGCAAAUAGCUCUACUCGGCAAGAGCUGCCAGCUGGACCUAUGACGGCAUAUGACAGCUCAUUUCAUCCGAUAAGGUUAGCUGAAACAUGCCGCAAAUCUUGGAUUCCAAGAGAAUUGGUGGCCGCAGACCAGACGAAACGCAGCCGGGCGGCUGAUCAAACCCCAUGUAUUAAUGGUGAGAACACGCGACAGCGAAAUGCCUCGCACCCAGUCAGCAAUAGAUAUUAGCCAGUGUAGCGGAAACCCGAUUAGCCGCUGGGAAUUAGAAUCGCUUCGCGUUUUCGACUGGUUUCUGCCACUCCGAUACGAUGCUGAGAUUCAAGGAGUGGAGAUCAUCUA